UGCAAGUCCACACAGCAACUGCCCACUCACAUCUCAGAUCAAACAAAACAUUCACAUAUUUAUUACUAGGUAAAAGAGAAAAUCACCCUGAAAUUCAGACAUCAAAAAGUCGUCUUUCUUCAUAGAUCUAAAUACAAAUUUUUACAUUUAAUGUAAAUCCCUCUCUGAUGAGUGAUGAGUCGGUAGUAAUAGUAGUAGCAGUAAUAUAAAGCACAAAACUUUAUGCAUUUCUUGAACUUUUACACUCUUUAAAGUGUAUCAGCAAUCAAGAAAAUUUUGCAGGAGCACAAAAAAAUGGGGUUCACAAUGGGUCUAAAUUUGCUUCUAUUGGUAGUUAUGGUGGCUACCAACAUUCUUUCUUUGUAUCAUCUCUCUUCCAAUAUCCAAUCCAAGCCCCCUGUUGCUCCACCUGUUCCUGACCACCUUCUUCAUCAGCUUCAGACCAUACGCGCCACCAUUAACCACCUCACGCGUCUCCAGCCUCCAGCUCCUCCAUCUGCUAAAGCCAAGAAAUCUACAGUUACUAUCCCUUCUGAUCUCCUUCUUUACACUCAUUUAUCACCUAUUGCUUCUUCUUGUAAAGACAAUCCUGAUUUACUUCAUCAGUACAUGAACUACACACCCUUUAGUCUUUGCCCCUCAGAUUCUUCAGUAGCUGAGUCUCUUAUCCUUAGAGGGUGUCACCCUCUUCCAAGGAGGCGCUGUUUUUCAAGAACCCCUUCUAGUAUCCCGACUUCUCUGCCUAAAACCCCAUUUUCUGCAAUCCCUGAAAAGGCUUUGUUGUGGAACAGUUACACUUGCAAGAGCUUUUCUUGUUUGUCUCGGUCUAAUUUCAACAUGGGAUUUGAUAUGAAAGUUGAGCAAUCAAGAUACUUGGAUUAUAAAUCAGAUCUAGAUCUCCCAAUUCCACAGUUUCUUCAGCUCACUAAGACCUCAAAAAGUGUUAUUAGGCUGGCACUUGAUAUUGGGGGUGGUACAGGGACUUUUGCAGCACAAAUGAAGCUGCAUAAUGUGACUGUUGUGACUACAACAAUGAAUCUUGGUGCCCCUUAUAGUGAGACUGUGGCACUUAGGGGAUUGGUGCCUUUACAUGUGCCUUUGCAGCAGAGGCUGCCAGUGUUUGAUGGGGUGCUGGAUCUUGUGAGAUGUGGCCAUGCUGUGAAUAGGUGGAUUCCAGUGACUAUGAUGGAGUUCUUGCUUUUUGAUGUUGAUAGAGUGUUGAGGGCUGGUGGAUACCUCUGGUUGGACCAUUUCUUUAGUAAAAAAGCGGAUCUUGACAAGGUUUUUCAACCCUUGAUCUGGAAAUUGAACUACAAGAAGGUGAAGUGGGCAGUAGAAAUUAAGAAUGAUGCUAGUGGUGUGAAGAAUGGAGAAGUUUAUUUGACAGCUCUUCUUCAGAAGCCGCUUUCGAGAUGAGCAUCUAGUCCAGAUAACUCUGCUAGAUUCGCAUAAUUAUUUGAUGCCAAAUGCUAUGUUGUGUCAAGAUAUUUUCUUCUUCUCAAGGCGGAGAAUGUGAGUAGUCUGCAUUUGGGGGGGGAGAAGGAUCCAAACAAUAGAAAACUGUGCACCACAUAUAUACAGUCUGCAGCAAACAACAGUAGCUGCUCUAAUAGAUAGUUAUUUCCCUUCAUUCAUUUGUCAGUUUUGGUGUAAUCUUUACUGAUUUUGAAACUAUACAAGUGGAAAUCUGGUAAGAAAAAACAGAGCUGCAAGUUUGAAAAUGAUUAUUAUAAUUGUAAAGAUAUUGCAUGAAUGCAGGAGAAGGCUGCAUACAAUAAACCCUCAUAGUCCGGCCCUUCUCCGGACCCAUGCAUACCGGGAGCUUAGCGCUUUUUAAAUUGUAGAAAAGUGAGAGUGAAUUUGCAAUCCCCUCUGCCAUUCAACUA